AUAGCGCUAAUCACUUGUGAAUCAAAGCCUUGAUUUGCCAUUACUUUUCUACAUCAUCUCUGAAAAUCUCUCAGCUUUUGGUCCAGAGUGGCCACAUAUUCCACCAUUGGACGAGAGGUUCAGAGCUCUUGCUCUUUGUUACAGUGUAUAAAUUCAAAACACCACAUCGCUUUCCUUUUCCCACCAAAAUUUUCUCUCGAUCGUUGCACCAAACCAACACGUUUCUAUCCCAAUUUUCUCUUCCUUUUUUCCCUUUUUACUUUGAUUUCUGAACAGUUCAUAUUCUCCGGUUUAUAUACUCUUGUAAUCCAAAAUGCCCAUCAUGGUCGCACUCAAAAUUUGGAACAACCCAAUCCCAUUUUCAAUUGAAGAUGCCUGAUUUGGCUGACUUUAGGGUUUCGAGCCGAUAAACCCACCUCAGUUUUUACGUUUUUUGCUUCGUGUUUUCUUUGGAUUUUGGUUUCCCACUGUAUGAAUUGGACCCCGAUCCGAACCCCCAUUGUGCUUUCGGGUUUAAGUUUUCAUCGGCAGCUUCGCCAAAGUCAAUGGCGUCGAAGGCUUCUUUGCCUUCACCUUCCGCCGACAGAUCGGACCUGCACGAUGACACCCAGAUAAUGAAACCACGAGGACAAGACCCUACUCCUAAGGAGAUCUUAUCAGUCAUUGAAUUUCUAAAGAAGCAAGUUGCUGGCGAACGUUGCAACUCCGUGCAGAAAAGAAUGGAAGAAAACAAGCAGAAGUUGGUUGGCAUCACCACUCACUUGUUGAAAUCAUCAACAGAAAAAAGGAUAAGAAGGACAAGUGAUUCAGAUAAGGGGGUGGACCUAUUGAUGAAGAGGCAGAAAGAUGCACUUGAUAUGCAGAAUGGUAUAGAUGUCAGUGAUGGGGAAAAUGACGGAUCUCAAGAUGAUGGCCAUGCAUCUUCGGCUGUUCUUCUUGGAUCUAAUGUUGCAGUAAGAAAUGCUGUACGACCUAUUAAGCUUCCUGAAGUUAAAAGAUUGCCUCCUUAUACUACAUGGAUAUUUUUGGACAGAAAUCAGAGAAUGACUGAAGAUCAAUCUGUGGUUGGUAGAAGGAGAAUUUAUUAUGGUCAAAGUGGAGGAGAAGCCCUCAUUUGCAGUGACAGCGAGGAAGAAGUAAUUGAUGAUGAAGAGGAAAAGAGAGAUUUUGUGGAAUCUGAAGAUUAUAUACUUCGCAUGACUAUGAAAGAAAUUGGUUCUUCUGAUCUGGUGCUAGAGUCACUUGCCAAUUGUUUCUCUAGAAGUCCUGGUGAAAUAAAGGCAAGAUAUGAAGUGCUUACCCAGGGAGAAAAGGCUAUAGGGUGUUUUAAUAAUAGGAUCAAUGAGGAGAUAUCACAUAUUGGAAGUACUCUUCUUGAUAAAGAUCUUGAUGCAGCUCUUGAUUCUUUUGACAAUUUAUUUUGCCGUCGUUGCCUUGUCUUUGAUUGUAGACUACAUGGUUGUUCGCAAGAUCUUGUCUUUCCUGCUGAGAAACAACCUAAAUGGGGUCCUGUAGGUGAGGAAAAUGUGCCCUGUGGUCCACUCUGCUAUCGAUCAGUACUGAAAUCAGACAAAAAUGGUACAGGGAGUUCUCCACUUCGCAGUGACUUGGAAGAAAAACAUCCCAUGUCAUCUGAUGGUACUGGAGCUCAAAUCUCCACGAAGAAGAAAUCUUCUUGUAAAGCUGGUCGAAGAAGGGCAAAAUCCUAUCAAAGUGAAAGUGCCUCAUCAAAUGCAAAGAACAUAUCAGAAAGCAGUGAGUCAGAGAAUGGACCCAGGCAGGAUGGGAAUACUAUUCAUCAAUCACCUCCACCAAAUUCUAAGAUAACAGGAGUAGGUGGAAUUCGAAAAAGGAACAGCAAGCGUGUUGCUGAGCGUGUUCUCAUUUGCAUGCAGAAAAGGCAGAAGAAAAUGGCUGCUUCUGAGUCAGAAUCUCUAGCCAGUGUAGGUCAUUGUCCAAAUGAUGUGAAAUUAAAAUCUAACUCAUGUAAAGAAAAUGACGAUACUAGUUCUUCUUCACGUAAGAAUAUUAGAUCUCCUACACUGGGAAGGUCUAGGAGGAGGGAAUCCCUGACUCAGAAAUGCAACAAAUUUGAGCAGAAUGAAACACUCAAUAAUUCAUCAAAUGAGAUAAUUACUCAUCUACCAGCCGACAGUUGUGAUGACAACUCAAGGAAAGAAGAGUGUGUGGAUGAAAAUUUAUGCAAGCAGGAUUUGGCAGAUGAUAAAUCUUGGAAGGCUAUUGAAAAAGGUCUCUAUGAGAAGGGUAUUGAGAUUUUUGGUAGGAACAGCUGCUUAAUAGCAAGGAAUUUACUAAAUGGGAUGAAGACCUGUUGGGAAAUUUUUCAAUACAUGAAUUAUUCUGAGAACAAGAAUGGCAGCCAAGUGGGUGAUGGGUCAAAUCCUCAUCUUGAAGGUUACACCAAGGGUAAUAAUGAGGUUAGAAGAAGGUCGAGAUUUUUACGUAGAAGGGGUAGAGUUCGUCGACUGAAAUAUACCUGGAAAUCAGCUGCUUACCAUUCAAUUCGGAAGCGAAUAACUGAAAGGAAAGAUCAGCCAUGCAGACAGUAUAAUCCAUGUGGUUGCCAAACUGCCUGUGGAAAGCAGUGUGCCUGUCUUUUAAAUGGCACCUGCUGUGAGAAGUACUGUGGGUGCCCUAAGAGUUGCAAGAAUCGUUUUAGAGGAUGCCAUUGUGCCAAAAGUCAAUGUCGUAGUCGUCAAUGUCCUUGUUUUGCAGCAGAUAGAGAAUGUGAUCCAGAUGUUUGUAGGAAUUGUUGGGUCAGCUGUGGUGAUGGUACUCUUGGGGUUCCCAACCAAAGAGGUGAUAAUUAUGAGUGCAGGAACAUGAAGCUUCUUCUGAAACAACAACAAAGAGUGUUACUGGGAAGAUCUGAUAUAUCUGGUUGGGGAGCAUUUCUUAAGAAUAGUGUUGGCAAACACGAAUAUCUUGGCGAGUAUACUGGAGAGUUAAUUUCACAUAGGGAGGCUGAUAAACGGGGCAAAAUAUAUGAUCGUGAAAACUCAUCGUUUCUGUUCAAUUUGAAUGACCAGUUUGUUCUUGAUGCAUACCGGAAGGGCGAUAAAUUAAAAUUUGCUAAUCAUUCUCCGGAUCCGAACUGCUAUGCCAAGGUCAUCAUGGUUGCGGGAGAUCACCGGGUUGGCAUCUUUGCCAAGGAAAGAAUCAGUGCUGGGGAGGAGCUCUUUUAUGAUUAUAGAUAUGAGCCUGAUCGAGCCCCGGCUUGGGCUAGGAAGCCUGAGGCAUCGGGGUCAAAAAAAGACGACGGUGCUCCAUCAAGUGGUCGAGCAAAGAAACUCGCUUAAUUUAACAAUUCAUUUGGCACUUGGUAAGUUUAAAACUAUUGUAAUUCUUUUAGACAAACGCAGCAAUCCUCAUUGAUGGUAGAUCAUAGGUGCUAUUCUUGGAUCAAUCUGUAGAGAGAUUAUUAGUUACUUCCAUAGGAGUCCCUUUGGGGACAUCCGAUAGUUACUUUCAUAGGAAAAUUUAGACAAUUUUUAUUAUCCCCCUUUGGAAUUGGCAACAUUGAAGUGAAAAGCUUGAGGGUUGGGGAAGGAGAGGAUAGAAGCGUUUGUCAUUCAAACUUACAUUUUGACUGACACUUCGAUUGGUUAAUUGUUUAAAGAACAGAUGGGAGAAUUCAAAGCCAAGAAUUUCAUCAUUUUCUCA